CUGGCCUGGCUGGGCACCGGCACCACCAUGGCCGGCCUCAACAAAUGGAUCUUCGCCACCCACGGUUUCCGCUACCCGCUGCUGCUGUCGUCCCUCCACAUGCUGUCGGGGGUGGCCGUGGGGUACCCGCUGGGCUGGGCGCGGGGACCGCCGUCGCCGCCGUCCCCCCGUCCCCGCGCCAGGAUCUACCUGCUCAGCCUCACCUUCUGCACCAGCGUGGCGUUGGGCAACCUGGGCUUGAGCUACGUGCAGCUGGACGUGGCGCAGGCGGUGGCCACCACCACCCCGCUGGUCACCCUCCUGCUGUCGGGGCUGCUGGGGGGCCGGCGGCAUCACCCGCUGCAGUACGCCGCCAUGGGACCCGUCUGCGCCGGGGCCGCCUGCAGCAUCGCCGGCGGGCUCCGCAUCUACCAGCCCGGCUGCGGAUUCCUCCUGGCCGCCGCCGUCCUCCGCGCCCUCAAGUCCGUCCAGCAGAGUCUGCUGCUGCAGGAGGACCGGCUGGACGCCCUCUCCCUGCUCUGCCUGACCUCCCUGCCCAGUUUCUGCCUGCUUUUCGGGGCGGCCGUGGCACUGGAAGUGGGUCCCUCCUGGGAGGGCGUCCUGCGUUACGACGGCACCCUCUGGGCCUGCGUCCUGCUCAGCUGCCUGGGCUCCGUCCUUUACAACUUGGCCACUUUCUGCGUCCUCUCCCUCACCUCCGCCCUCACCGUCCACGUCCUGGGCAACGUCACCGCGGUGGGCAACCUGCUCCUCUCCCGCCUCCUCUUUGGCAGCCACCUGAGCGGGCUCAGCUACCUGGGCAUCGGGCUGAUGCUGGCCGGGAUGUUCAUGUACCACCAACCGGACCUCAUCGCGGCACGGUGGGCGGCGUGGCCCGGACGGGGCACCCCCAGGAGGGAGUAG